UUCAACACUAUAAUAUUAAUUCGUUACUCUAAACUAACAAAGCUUUAUUUUGCAUAGAUAAAAUGAAAAAUGAGAUGCAAGAAAUCAUGGAAGAAAAAAGCUCAUUUCCAUCAACAAAAACAUAUUUAAAAAAGUCGUCUCAUCAUCAACAAUUGCCACUUUUGUCUCUAAAUCAUGUUUCGUUUAAAUGCAAAUCCGUAAGUCGAUCUGUUAAGUUUUAUGAAGAUGUUUUGGGCUUCGUUCUCAUUCGACGUCCUUCUUCCUUUGAUUUCGAAGGUGCUUGGUUGUUCAACCAUGGGAUAGGAAUACAUUUACUAGAAAUGGACACAACUCCAACCAAAAAAACAGUGAUCAAUCCAAAAGACAAUCACAUUUCAUUUCAAUGCUCCGAUAUGGAUCUCAUUGUCAAGAAACUUGAGGAGCUAGACAUCAAGUACGUGACCGCGUUGGUGAAAGAAGGCGGUGUGGAGGUGAACCAACUUUUCUUCCACGAUCCGGACGGUUAUAUGAUCGAGAUAUGCAAUUGCCAUGUUCUUCCUGUCCUUCCCAUCACCUCAUGCCCCCUCAAGAACCUCCCAAAAAUCUCAAAAAUCAGCAAUAAUGCCGAUUCCUCUUUCUAUGAGAAGAUGAAGUCAAAAAAUCACUUUUGUGGAGAGGAGGAAGCAUUGUUGAUGGACAAUUUGUUAGUUGAUAUGAUGGGCAUUUCCUUUUGAAAUCGAGGGCAAAAUAGCAUCAAACAGCUAGCGAACACAUGAUGGACCAUAUAUGUGUCUUCUCGGCCCAUGAUAGCCUUGGGCUUUUUUUUUUUUUUUCCUUUUCAAGAAGAGAGCAAUUUUGUCUACAAAUUGUUUUUGUAACAAUAAUAUGGUCUUAAUCGUAUGAAAAUAAUGUUUGUACA